AUGUUCAAGGCCUGUCUCAAGGUCAGCUACUUCUUGUGGAAUGGAGAUUACUACGAACAAAAGGAAGGAGUAGCCAUGGGAAGCCCACUAAGCUCGGUGGUGGCGAAUCUAUCCAUGGAUAAAUUUGAGAAAACAGCGUUGAGCACCGCACUCUUUAAACCAACGAUCUGGUGCCGAUAUGUUGAUGACACGUUCGUGAUAUGGAGGCAUGGGCGCGAAAACCUGGACAUCUUCCUCGAUCAUCUAAAUAAAAAGCACCCAGACAUCCAAUUCACCAUGGAAAUUGAACAAAACCACCAACUGGCCUUCCUGGAUGUUUGGGUGUAUAGGGAGAGGAACCGUUUGGACCACAAGGUAUAUGGGAAAGCCACCCACACGGACAGAUAUCUUCACAAGCUAUCUAACGACUAUCCGAGUCAGAAGCAGGGAAUCAUUAAGACUUUUACGGAUAGAGCCAGAAAAAUAUGUGGACCACAACAUCUAACCACAGAACUACAGUACUUGGAAAAAGCUUUUCUUCAGAAGGGAUAUUCCCAUUGGGACAUUAAAAAGCUGGUUACCCACAGAAUUGGGAGGCUCCUGAGGAAACACAACAUAAGAACAAUCUAUGAGCCCACAACAAAGAUCCGAGAAUAUCCAGGGCCAAUUAAAGACAGAAGACCUCCCUCACAACUGCAGGAAUCUACAGGAUUCCAUGCUCCUGUGGGAGCGCCUACAUAG